GCAGUGGGCGCCGCCGCGGGGUGAGUACGGGCUGGCCAGCCCAGGGCGCAGGAUCGGGGUGGACCAACUGCUGGCUCCGCCCUGACUCCGCCCUGCUCGCCCACUAGCCCCUUUUGGAGUUGGAAUAUGCACCUAAAGGGGCCCCGGAUUCCGGCCGUCCUCCUGCACCCCCUGCACCCCCAAUGGGGCCGACAAGGGCCUGAGCCUCCUGCGUGGCCGCCUCUGCCUCCGGGGCCUCUCACGCAGGCCCCCAAAAGGGUGGCCGGCCGCUUUGCAAAGUGAGUCCGGUGACUUGGGAGCCUGGAGCCCCGUCCCUCCAGGCGUGAUCUGCAGAAGCGCCCCCCCAAAACCCACCCACGGGUUGCAGCCGUGGCCAUGGUCACGGAGAACGAACACACCGAGCCCGACUGUCAGCGGCAGUUCCAGGCUGCCGUCAGCGUCAUUCAAAACCUGCCUAAAAAUGGCUCUUAUCGCCCCUCCUAUGAAGAAAUGCUGCGGUUCUACAGCUACUACAAGCAGGCGACCAUGGGGCCCUGCAGAGUCCCCCGGCCCGGCUUCUGGGACCCCAUUGGGAGAUACAAAUGGGACGCCUGGAACAGCCUGGGCCUGAUGACCAGGGAUGAGGCCAUGCCCGCCUACAUCAGCGAGAUGAAGCUGGUGGCACAAAAGGUGAUUGACACGGUACCCCUGGGCGAGAUGGCAGAAGACAUGUUCGGGACAUUUGAGCCCCUGUACCGAGUGAUCCCCGACAUGCCAAGGCCCCCAGAGUCCUUCCUGAGGAGGGUUGCAGGUCAGGUUCCAGGUGAAGGGCCCCACCCUCACUGCCCUCCCAAGGGACCGCCACCCUCCUCUUCAGAGGCCUCCACACCCAAGGACCUGGAUGCCGAGGAUUUCUGUGAUUCUGUGGAGCAGUUGGAGCCUGAGCUGGUUCAGGCCGAAAAGAGGGAGUGCCCUGGAGGAGAGCCCAGCACCAGAUCCAACCCCAGUACCAUGCCCACAGACAAAGAAGGGCUGGAGAGAGGCCUGCAGAGGCCCCAGGAACUGGAUACAUGGCUGGUGCGGACAGUUCGAGCCUUGCAGGACAACAUGAGAGAUAUCCAGGGCAGGCUGCAGAGCCUGGAGAACCUGCCCUGUCCCCCCAAGCAGAAGCCCAGCGCUCGGCCCUGGCCGCUCCAAAUCUCCGGGCCCACGCUGCUCUUCUUCCUCCUGUGGCCCUUCAUCGUCCAGUGGUUCUUGCGACAGCUCCGGACACACAAGAGAUGACUGUGCCCAAGAGGGGUGUCUGCGCCCCCCGCCCUGCUGUGCCCUGAGCCUCACGAAGGUUUGCCAGAGCAAAAUGGACACUGUGCUCACCUCGGUGCGGGUUUCGCCCCGCCCUGCCCACAGCUUCCCGCCCACCUCUGCGCAUCCCGAGCGGUGGACGUUGGCAGGGCGGGGCGGGUGCUCGGGUCCCAACCCCUGUCCGCCCUGCGGUGGAUCACCUGACCGCCCUCCCGCCGCCCCGGCUCGGCUCCUGGGCAAGUUGGGACCAAGGCCGGACAGGCCCCAGGGAUUGGCCGAGCGGUGGGGCGCUGGGGGGGCAGGGAGGGCGCUGCGCCCACGGGGUUCUCUCCUGCAAGCCCACCCCGCACUCUCAGGACGCACUUGCACUUGAAUUCACACCAAAUAAAAGCAAACUUUCUUUG